AUGAGACAUUAGUGAGAAACAGAGAGGCAAACCUGCCAUUGGAUCCUGCACAAGUCAAUCCCACAUGUGGGUGGGCGGUAGAUUCAGAGCUGCACACCCAACGAAAGUUUAUACAACAAAAGGUUGUGGGAAAGUUGCACACCAACCACAUGCGUGCGAACACGAUUUGUACUACGAACAUCUUAAAAACAUUUUAAAGUAAGUUGCGUUUAAGAGCUUAUUGAGCUCAGUUUCAUUCAAGCCACAAUGAUGUCAUACUUGUGGAUUUUCGUCCUUGGAAGUUUAAUCGUGACUGGAGUAAAGAUGCAAGAAGACGGUGUGGAAGGUGCUGAGAAUGCCGAGUCUCCGGCAGAUGACCUUCCAUCAACCGUUCCAGAUGAAGAUUUUAUAUAUAUAUACGCAGACAACACAGCCACAGAAGAUUUACCGCCUGAUUCCAAAGAUGAGUCUCUCAGCGACGCAGAGCCUGCAGACGCUGAACCUACACCUGAAAAACCAGUGGAGGAGGUUGUGGAUGAAGCCGCAGCUUCUGCAGACAGUGAAGCUGAACAGACAGACCCUGAGUCAGGUGCUGCCGAGGACGAGCAGCCAGCAACACCAGCAGCUGCAGAGGAACCUGUUAAGGAAGAAGCUCCUGCUGAAGCAGUGUUUGUUCAUUGUUGUCCUGUUCUAGAUGAAGGCGAUGCAGAUAAAACAGAAGCUGAUCCACCUGCUGUAGAGACUGAACUUACUGAACAAGAAGUCAAGCCAGAGGAAGCUGCAGGUGAAGUAGAAGAGGAACCAGCGCAAGAGGAGCUGGACAAAGGUGAAGCAGACGCAGGUGAAACAGAUGCUGGUGAAACAGACGCAGGAGAAACAGACGCAGGAGAAACAGACGCAGGAGAAACAGACACAGGCGAAGCAGACACAAUUGAAGUAGACGCUGGUGAAACAGACACAGGAGAAACAGACACAGGAGAAACAGACACAGGAGAAACAGACGCUGGUGAAACAGAUGUUGGUGAAACAGAUGUUGGUGAAACAGAUGCUGCUGAAGCAGAACCCAGUGUCGUACCAGAGAAACCAAUGGAUUUUGAUGUAGCAGUGAAAGUUCAUGCUGACGAAUUUGAUCUUUCUGAUGCUCUCAGAGAAGAUAAAGAGAUUGAAAUGGGAGAUGCAGACAAACACAGUUCAGGUCAAGGCAAAGCUCGCAGCGCUGGAGCCGCUUCUGAGCCAAAAGACAGUGGAUCCGGUACGGUUGUUGGUGUUGUCUGUGGGAUUGCAGUAGCAGCUGUUGGUGCCAUAACCGGCUACUUCACCUAUCAGAAGAAGAAACUGUGCUUCAAGGUCCAGAGAGGUGACCCAGAGAGUGCCAAAGAAGAGAACGGCACGCAGAGCGAACCACAGGUUUUAAGCACCCUCCUGAAUUCGCCCUAACUCAAGCAGUGAACGCGGGUCUGCAGGCGGUGAAUUCCCAUGAAGCUACUGUGAACUGGUUUACAUUGGAACAGCACAUUGUAACUACUCACAUCUUGAGAAUCAGAGUGAACUUCACAAACAAAUGCAUUCACAGUGCAGAAAGUCAGCAAACAUUCAUUUAGAGUUCCUGACGCAGCCUUCUUCAUAACAUCAUCAUCACCUCCUACUGCUUCGACUACAGUUCUGAACUAGCACACAGGACUGUUAAUAAUUGGUUUUGAAUGUAAUUUCACAUAGUUUGAAUGGGACGGGAUGUGUGUAUGUGUAUGCAUGUGUAAUUUGACAGCCUUUUGGGAGAGGCAUUUCAUUUUGUUGCUUUAAAAAGUGUCAUUUAGUUACUGUGUUAUUAAUCACACAGUUUUGUUUGAUGUCUAAUUGUUGCCGCUGAUUCAUAAACAAGCAAAUCUCACACCGUGGAAUGAUUCACUUUGAAAUUGUGUUGUCUGACCAAAUAGAAUUCAUAGGAUUUUUUCUUUCUUUUUUGUUUUUGUUUUUUAAAUUCUGUAAAUAAGUGUUGAGUUUGAAUAAAGGGUUGGUUACAUUUAAA